AUGCCCCGGUUAAAGUAUGCCUCCGUGCUUCGCUUUCUCGUCAUCUUGGGGCUGUUCUGCUUGUGGGUGCAGAUCAUGCUGUCGGCGUCGAAUGGGAUUAUUGACAGAGAUGGUGAGGAGCUGAUGAACUCAAACGAUACGUCUGAACAAGUUCUAGCUCUGGUGCCACCUGAACUCCACAAGUACCUGACGGUCCACACCAAGAAUUCUACUGCGAAUGCGACAGAACGCGCUAGUCCAAAGAACGUAUCAGACAUACGGAGAGCUAUCCAGAGGCAGAAUGACGCUCAAAUCAUCUACAAUGAGGACAUCUUCGGUCCAGUCCAAAAUGACACUAUCAUCAUCGCUAUACAGGUUCACACUAGACUUACGUACCUGCGUCACCUAAUCGUGUCACUCGCCCAAGCGAGGGACAUUGACAAGACUCUGCUGGUGUUCUCCCACGACUACUACGAUGAGGAGAUCAAUGCGCUGGUGCGGAGUAUAGACUUCACGAAGGUGAUGCAAAUCUUCUAUCCAUACUCCAUCCAGACUCAUCCCUACGAGUUUCCCGGAGUGGACCCGAACGAUUGUCCCAGGGACGCGCGACUUGAACAGGCAAAGAAGCUAAAAUGCAACAACGCUCUCCAUCCAGACCUUCACGGUCAUUACCGCGAGGCGAAGUACACACAGACUAAGCACCACUGGUGGUGGAAGGCCAACAGGAUCUUCAACCAACUGCAGUGCACUGCCAGUCAUACAGGAAUGGUGGUCUUCUUAGAGGAAGACCAUUACGUGGCAGAGGAUUUCAUCCACAUGCUGCAUCUUCUCCGUGCUACAGCUGACAAGAGUUGUCCACAGUGUGAAAUACUUUGCCUUGGGACCUAUUUGAAAACCUAUCAGUACCACGCCACUGGAGAUAAGAGGAAGAAGCAGCUAACCCUGAACUACAUACAGCAAGUGAGGGCCGCCAACGAAGAGAGACGCAAGAAGAUGCAGGACACACAGACCUGGAACUACCAGGUCUACCCGUAUCUGUACUCGAGCAAUCAAAAGGUAGAAAUAACGCCGUGGCAUUCGAGCAUGCACAACAUGGGAAUGGUGUUCAACAGGACGGUGUGGAACAACAUAAUGGAGCUACAGGAGCAGUUUUGCGCCUACGAUGACUACAAUUGGGAUUAUUCCUUGUUACAUUUGUCGCAGAACAGGCCCGGACGGGAGAAGUUUAGAGUGAUCUUGUGUAAAGGGCCUCGCGUGUUUCAUAUCGGUGAAUGUGGAAUCCAUCAUAAGAAGUCGAACUGCAACGCCUCGACGGUCAUCAGCAAGGUACAGAAGCUACUUCAAAACGCGAAGUCGCACAUGUUCCCAUCGAGGGUCACCGCCACCAUCACCGCUGGUGGGGCAAAGCACAAUAAGAAGCUCACCAAAGGAAAUGGUGGAUGGGGGGAUAUUAGAGAUCAGGAGCUCUGCACAAAUAUGACGAAGGUCGGGAGACAAAUGAGAAGAACUGACGGAUCUGAUCUGAUCGAAGUUUUAUAA